AAUAUAACAUGUAGAAGAAAAUAUACAGAUCGUAAGUUGUAACUUGUCGAUUUAUCAUAAACAAAUCUUUUAACCACCACUCAAAUCAAGAAACGGAACACUCACAGCAUCUUAGAAGGUCUCCCUGGAGAGCGCUCCCAACACCGCUCCCUCCCCCACCCCCAAGGUAACCUGUUUCCUGAUUUCUAACACCAUAGAUUAGUUUUGCCUGUUUAUGAGACUUUCAUAAAUGGAACCAUGCGAUAUAUAUUCUUUUGUGUCUAGCUUUUUUUACUCGAAAUUAUAUUUGUGAAGUUGUUCCAGGUUGUGUGAAAAUAUAAUUUCUGAUAGUGAAAAGAAUUAGGAAUAAAAUUAGAGAAGGUAAUUGUGCAAACAGUAAGAGGUGGAAACUUCACAAGAGUGGUCCGUGAUGAUCUUCGGGGGACGACUUGAGAUGUAACAUGAACGAGAGGAGAUCUGCCAGUGAGCUGGCUUAAGAGCAUUCCAAGCAGGGGGAGGAGAAGUGGAAAGGAGCUUAGGUGUGAGUGAACCUGGCAGGUGCCCGGAGGAGAAGGAAGCCCUUGUGGGAAGGCUAUUUCUUCAUAGACAAAAAAAAAAACAAAACCAAUAUUUAACUGUUUGGAAACAAAGCAUCACUUAAAAUCCUCUCAAACUCCUAAUUCCAAAGAAUUGAUAACAUUUCUCUGAUCAAGAAAAGAAGUGACUGACUACGUGUUAAAAGUAUUCUGGCGUUGAUCCUGGUUUUCUCCCUCCCUAAAUUUGAAGAAGCAUGGAGAAAUGGUACUUGAUGACAGCUGUGGUCUUAAUAGGACUGACAGUACGGUGGACAGUUUCCCUUAAUUCUUACUCAGGUGCUGGCAAACCCCCUAUGUUUGGUGAUUAUGAAGCUCAGAGACACUGGCAAGAAAUUACUUUUAAUUUACCCAUCAAACAAUGGUAUUUUAACAGCAGUGAUAACAAUUUACAGUAUUGGGGAUUGGAUUAUCCACCUCUUACAGCUUAUCAUAGUCUUUUAUGUGCAUAUGUGGCCCAGCUUAUAAAUCCAGACUGGAUUGCUCUCCAUACCUCGCGUGGAUACGAGAGUCAGGCACAUAAGCUCUUCAUGCGCGCCACAGUGUUAAUUGCUGAUUUGCUGAUUUACAUACCUGCAGUGGUUUUGUACUGUUGUUGUUUAAAAGAAAUCUCAACUAAGAAAAAGAUUGCUAAUGUGUUAUGCAUAUUGCUGUAUCCAGGCCUUAUUCUUAUCGACUAUGGACAUUUUCAGUAUAACUCCGUGAGCCUCGGAUUUGCCCUGUGGGGUGUCCUCGGCGUGUCCUGCAACUGGGACCUGCUGGGCUCACUGGCCUUUUGUCUGGCUGUAAAUUAUAAACAGAUGGAACUGUACCACUCCUUGCCAUUUUUUUGCUUUUUACUUGGCAAGUGUUUUAAAAAGGGCCUCAAAGGAAAGGGGUUUGUACUGUUCGUUAAGCUGGCUUGCACUGUGCUGGCGUCCUUCAUCAUCUGCUGGCUGCCGUUCUUCACAGAAAGGGAACAGACCCUGCAGGUCCUAAGAAGACUCUUUCCAGUUGAUCGUGGAUUGUUUGAGGAUAAAGUUGCCAAUAUUUGGUGCAGCUUCAGUGUCUUUCUGAAGAUCAAGGAUAUUUUGCCACAUCACAUCCAGAUACUAAUCAGCUUUUGUUUUACGUUUUUGAGCCUGCUUCCUGCAUGUAUAAAAUUGACACUUCAGCCCUCUCCCAGAGUAUUCAGAUUUACUCUGGUUAGCUGUGCACUGUCAUUCUUUUUAUUUUCUUUCCAAGUACAUGAAAAGUCCAUUCUCUUGGUAUCACUACCAGUCUGCCUAGUUUUAAGUGAAAUUCCUUUUAUGUCUACUUGGUUUUUACUUGUGUCAACAUUUAGUAUGGUGCCUCUUCUAUUGAAGGAUGAGCUCCUAAUGCCCUCAGUUGUGACAACAAUGGCAUUUUUUAUAGCUUGUGCAACUUCCUUUUCAAUAUUUGAAAAGACUUCUGAAGAAGAACUGCACUUGAAGUCCUUUUCCAUUUCUGUUAGGAAAUAUCUCCCACGUUUUACAUUUCUUCCCAGAAUUAUACAACAUUUGUUUCUUAUCUCAGUAAUCACUAUGGUCCUUCUGACACUGAUGACUGUCACACUGGAUCCUCCUCAGAAAUUACCGGACUUAUUUACUGUAUUGGUUUGUUCUGUGUCCUGCUUGAACUUCCUGUUCUUUUUGGUGUACUUUAACAUUAUAAUCAUGUGGGAUUCCAAAAAUGGAAGAAAUCAGAAGAAAACGAACUAGCUCUAUUCCCAGAUGUGAAAAAUGUUAACAGCGCUAAAAGGUUUUGUGAACUUUUGCUAUGUGUAAAUGAAAUCAUCAUUUUGAGAAUCAUGGACUUACAUGAAGAGAUGGUGACAAGUCACUGUUGUCUAUGCAAAAUAAAUGUGUACAGGACCAAAGCCCAUGGAGGCUUUCAUUUCUAACUCUUGAGUGGUCAAGACAUUGUAGCUUUAUUAAUAUUCAGUUAUUCAAGUGGGAAAAUAAGAGAAAAAUAUCCUUAAUCCAGUGUUUACUCAGGAACUGUACUCUAUAAUUUGUUGUCUUGAAAAAAAUCUGCAAAUACAGUAAGCUUAAUGGGAGAAUUUAGCCCCUU